CCAGCCGAGUACUGAUAUUGGUGUCAACACCUGCCCUUCGGCAGAGAUAUUGAGGAUCAAAUGAGAUAACCAUCGUCAAUGAUCAAUAUUUUUCCAUUCUCUCUUUCUUCCACCCUGUCAGAUUAGCUGUUGCUCCCCAUUUACAUGAAGGCUUUGCUUGGUCACUUGUUGCAACGACUCACGCCAGCGGAACUUAAUUGCCCCCUUUCUUCUGCUCUCAAGCUGCGGUGGAGGGUUUUCCAACAUGUUCAAGCGCGCUGCUCUGUCCCUACUUCUCUUCACUGCCUUUGUUUUCGCUGUCCAAGAGCGGGAGUUACGCCGCCUUGCACCUCGGCUUCGAGACCCUGUGCACGAAGAUACGAACGCGAAGCGAUUCGCGAGGGGUUUGCCUCCUUUACCGCCGAGGAGGAAUAUUGAAGCCUCACGAACUGAUGCUGCUCGAAGGUCACUGCCCAGCGACACCCAAAUCUGGAGCGGCAAAAUUAAAGUAUCCAGCGUCAAGGAUACGAUCGGACCAGAGAAUAAGGCCCUCGGAUACCUCGCACUGAACGCUAAUCAGACAUACUAUGUGGUAGUUAGCGACUUGAACAAUGCCAGUACAUUCACGGCUACAUUACGUCAAUAUGGUAUCACUACAAACGUGAGCUUCAAGGAUAAAGUACGUUAUCUUUCUUCCUUUGUCUACCAUUGAGUUUGCUUUCCAAAUGCAAUUCUCCAGAAUGCUCCAGCUUCCCAACAAUAUUUGGCAGGUCUGAUCCCGGCGGGCGGUGGAAAACUCACACUUCUGGGGACUUCAGAGUUAAGUACGUCGAUCCGGGAGCAUU